AUGAAUACUCUACACGCCCCGACUGUGCCCUCUGGUGAGACCAGCGCUUCUAUUACCAACGGCGAUGCGGGGCAUCUGAGCUUCGCCGAGUUAGAGCGAAAGAAAGAUGAUAUUGAGGCCGAACUCAAGGCACUCGGCGGAGUGCUUGACUCGCAUGGCGUGGACAUGAACACACCUCUCUUGACCAGAGAUGGAUUCCCUCGUGCAGACCUUGAUGUUGCUCAGAUUCGAACCACAAGGGCCAGAAUAAUCCGUUUGAGGAAUGAUUACACGGCACUCAUGACCCGGAUUGAAAAGUUCCUGCAUGAGCAUUUUGCCAGCCUCGAUGAAAACGAUGCCGAGCCAGCGCCGAGCUCUGGUACAACCCAACCCGUUUUGCCAGACUCUUAUUCUGCACCCUUGGAUCCUCCGUUCGCCAAAGUCAAUACCGUCGCCGCGGGAAGUCCGGCAGAGAGCGCUGGUCUGAAGCCCGGUGACGAGAUCCGUAACUUUGGCUACGUUAAUCGGGCCAAUCAUGACAACCUCAAGAAGGUAGCAGAGUGUGUACAAGGAAAUGAAGGGAGCAACAUCUUUAUCAAGGUAUCCCGCUCAACAGGCGUGGCAGAGCAGCAAGAGCUACGCUUGACUCUCACCCCUAGAAAGGAUUGGGGUGGUCGAGGAAUGUUGGGCUGUCAUAUUCUGCCUCUGUAG